CUCUCUCUUUCUCGCUUUCAGCUCAGGGCUCUGUCAAAGUCGGCAUAUAGUCGGCAAGUGCUACAGCUGCAGCUGCUAUCUCAGUAGUGAAGCAGAGAGCGACCACGAACCGGGAGACCCAUCGCUCGCGUCUGUCCGCGCGAGGUCUUCCCUUCUUCCCCCGAGAAAGAAUUGGAGAUCCCUUUUUCCUCCUGGAACUUAGUCUCUUUAUAUCUUUUUUUUCUCUCUCGCCCGUCGUUUUGCCCACCGUAGUGCAAAUUGAUCGGGUGCUGGUGUCGUGGCUGUUUGUUGUGUUGUUGUUGGUGGUGGUGCUGACUGAACCCAGUCUAGAGCAUGACGAGGAGGCACACGGUGAUCGUAAAGCUCAAGAGAUCCAACACAGGCAGGCCAUGGGGCAUAAGGAUCGCCGGGGGUGCCGAUCUAGGCACGCCGAUCGUUGUCACCCGCUCGGAGAACGAGGCGCUCCAGAGGGGUGACAUGAUCAAGAAGAUCGACGAUUACGACGCGCGCGACGUGAGGCAUGUAGACGCACAGAAUCUCCUCCAAAACUCCGAAACCAUAAAGCUAGUCGUCGAAAGGUCUGAGCCGUCGAGCGCCGCAAGAACAUCACGUACAACCACCGACACUACCAUCACCGCGUCACCAUCACCACCCACCAUUUUCAGGCCGACCGUUGGCAACUGGGCUGCGGCCACUAGUCUGUACAAACAGCCGAAAGAGCAUCCGCAAGAAUUGCCGAAGAGCCCAGUACCGCCGCCCUCGGUCGGCGUAUACGAGGAGUACAGGUCAACGCCGACUCCGGAAUUCGGUCUUCGCAGCACGAUCGUUUUCCCGCACGAACACCUCGACGAGAUCCGCGAGGAAAGGGUUCACCUGUCGCAGCCCUACCGCACGACUCCUCUGGUCUUGCCAGGCGCCAAGGUCAAGAAGGAUGCCCCUCUCGGUGAAUGCUACCUGCGGCACCAUCCGAAUCCGAUGAUCAGGGCGGCGCCCCAUCAUUACGAGCCGGCUCACCCUGAAGUCGCUAUGAAGCAAAAGGUGGCGGAAACGGUACUUCAGCGUGUCGUGGGACCGAAUGAAGUUCCAAAGAUUGUCCACAAGCAAUUCAACUCGCCGAUCGGACUCUACUCGGAUCAGAACAUCGCAGACACGAUCAAGUGCCAAGCGUCCGCCGUACCCAUUUUCAUAGACUUUUCCUUCCUGAAACAGAAACAGGAAAUACAGGAGCAAGCGAGAAUCUUGAAAGAGCAGGCCAAGGCCGCCUCCUCGAAGAACGUGUGGCCGCAAUUCAAUAGACCAAAUUAAACAAAACUUGUCGACAGACGUUCGAGACGUUUUCCGAUGCUUCUCGCACGUCGGAUCUACGACGGCAGAGUUUCCCGGUUAUCACGUGGACCGUUGGGCACGUUCUCUUGUUAAAGUACAGCAAAUUAUUGCAUUCGAUUGUUAGAUGGAUUAUUAAUUGAAUUUGUUAUACAAUUUAAUGAGAAAGAUUGUUAAAUUUAACAACAAAUUUGACGAUUCAGAUUGUCGAAAAAUUAUAGAGAAAUAAUUAUCACAAGUUUACAGAAGUAUUUUGGGUAUUGAUUAAAUUUAUGGUACAGUUCGACAAUUCGCCACGCUGUCGUUAAAAUGCUAUAAUUAAAUUUUUUUUUCAAGCGUCAAAAAUUUCUUCGAUUGCUAUCAAUGUUUUAAUUGAACGCGAUUCAACGUGGGCAAUGCAAUCAAUUUAAAGUUAGUUUAAUUGCCGAUGGAGUUUAACACAGCGAACGUGGCCACUCUUUGAUUAUACGAAUUCCUCGAAAUGAUUGUGCGAUUAUUAUACGUAUUUCGGGUUAGUUUGCCGUUCGCGUUACAUAGUAGAGAUCGUAGACACGAAUUAUUUGACGAAAUUGCGAAAUAAUGCGAGCCCGUGCAAAAAAAGGCUUUUCCUUCAGCAGUAAAAUUGUUGCAUGUAACAGAGUAGUGAAUAAUCAAUAAUGAAUACAGUAGUUGAGAAUAUCUACUAACUUCGUCGUUUCUUUAAUGAGUGUUCGUAUGCUUGUAUAUCGUAGAUACCGUGCACGAAUAAUUCGAGACGACUUUCGAAAAUUGCGCCGUUGGAAAUCUAUUUUCGCCACAUCUUUCGGCACGACGGGCGCCGCUGAGUAUUUAAUAAUGGGAAUAAAAAUAAUCUGAAAAUGAUACCUGCGAGAACAUUAAUUGAUAAGAGUCUAAGUAAAAAUGUAUUAAAGGUAUAUUUUCCCUCUCUUCCUUUUUUGUUACACAAUUAGAACAUAUAAUUUAUUUAGCAUCUUUUUUUAUACCGACGAGAAGAUCGUCACUUAAGACAAAAUUUGAAAAAACGAUGAGAAAGAAAUUAGUUCUUGUUAUAAAUUAAAAACCAGGGAGAGUGUAUUAAAAAACUGCGAGCGGAACUCAUGAUUCGAAAUACGUUUUUUCCGAGUCUACCUUUUGUGAAUAUUCCUCUUUCCCAAAGAUGAAAGGCGCAAUUUCCGAAGUGUCCGACGAACGCGUUCUUCUUGAUCGGGCAUGCACGCAGGGUUUGCACGAUGAGGAAUGACCGCUCUUUCUCGAUUGAACUCGGCUGGAGGACGCGUCUGAAAGUCGCUCUCGAACAGAUUAAAGUAAACAUAAGUAAAUGUGCAAGCGCAAAUUGGCAAAUUGUAACCCCCGGCCGCUGCUAACCGAUCCGGAUAGAAAACACAAAUAAAAAAAAA